UGUGUAGGCUAAUAUUGUAGAUAGUGACAUUUAUUUAGGUGCCUACUUACUACAUGUAUGUUCAACCUAACCACGAAACAAAUGAGAUUCCCGUAUUUAUUUACUGUAUAUGUAUAUUCACCUACUUGAUAAUAAUUAAUACACACUAAAACAAAAUGCUGUCGUUAAACUGGAUUACUAUUAACAAGAGGCUCUUAGAAGCUGCAACUCUAAUCAAUGCAACACCCCUUGAGACAUUCACCAACAUCCUUCACAUAAUCACAUCCACAGGAGUAAUUACAGAAGAUGAUUUGGCAACAAUAAACAAAUCAUUACAGUACUCUGAUGAUCAGUUGCAAUUGCUUGUACAAAGUAUUCUUCACAUCUAUAAAAAAGCAAGUUUAAUUGUUAUGAAACCAGUCACCUUACAAAAAGAUUUGGAAAACAAAUUGAAGCUGAAUUCAGAAAAGUCUGAGGUUUUUGUCAAAGUCUGGACUGAUGUUACCAAGAGAGACUUUGGUGAUUUGGACAGAAGGAAAAAACUAGAUGGGGUUGCUUGGUCUUUGAAUUUGAACACACAUUCAUCAUCCAAUCCACCAGGAUCACAAAUUCUUAAACCAAUAGCAAGACUUCAGUUAUCAAUGUCUGAUUUUGAGAAUAAGCAUAGUGAGGAAACCACUUUAGAGUUGGAUGCACAAGGACUUGUGGAAAUAUAUAAAACUCUAGAGAGUGUACAGAACAAAUUGGAUUCAGUUAAUAAUGUUAAAUCAUGAUAUAAAUAAAAUUAAUGUAUAA